AUGCCAAUUGUUUCACUCCUAUACUCGACUUAUUCACGAUUUGUGAAAUGCGUAGUGGAUAAAGUCGGGUGGGUAAUCAGAAAUCUGCUCAACCAUGUUGUCACCGAUGGGUCCAACGACAGAGAAACCGAAAAAAAAAAUACUAGAGAAGGUUCAAAGACGGCACACUUAAACGGCCAGUCACUUUUCCCAAACAAGCCCAACGUCGAUCGCUCUCUUGAGCAUGGGUCAGGGGCUGUUCCCUGCUCUUUGGACUUUUCUACACUGAAAAGUACCUCGAUGAUGUCAAUGGUCAAGUCGCCGGAUGGGAAGUUUGAGUGUCGAUUAGAUGACAGGUUGAUGGGAUCUAUCGGAUCUCCUUCUGUGGGAAGUGUGACGGGUGGUUUAAGCUCGGUAGUUUCGCCGCUUAGUGCCAUCCACGAGAAAACUGACGACGAAAGGAAAGCUGUCUUGAGCGACUCGUCAGAAACCAAGAAGUUUAUUUGUCACUACUGCAACGCUGAAUUUAGCAUAAGGGGUUAUUUGACCCGUCAUAUAAAGAAGCACGCUGUGGAGAAAGCCUAUCAAUGUCCUUUUUACAAUGGAGAUCUACCCAAGGAGGAGCAAUGCCACAGAAAUGGUGGGUUCUCUAGAAGAGACACUUUCAAGACUCAUCUCAUUUCUAGACAUUUUCUGUGUCCCAAGGGCGUCAAAUGCCAGGACAAGGCAAAGAGUUCUGGACAUUGUAUGCAUUGCAAAACAUUUCAUGAGAAUACUGACGGCUGGAUAAAGUCCCACGUAGAAACUGGGGAGUGUAAAGGUCUCCCCGAGGGCUUCAAAGUCGCUGCUGCCAAAAAGGGUCGGAGGGGCGGCAAGUUGAAAAAAAUUGUGACGUCAGAUGGCCAUUCGCGGUUCAUAUCCACCGACAAAAGUAACGUGGACAAGGGCUCUGGUGACAGUAUCUCAAAUCUGGUUGAGGACUACAAGAAUACUUGUUUGAAACUGCCAACCCCUGCAUUGCCAAGAGCCUCCAACGGCGAACCAAGUAUGUUCGUUUCCGACAGAGGACUUGGCGGCGCCUUCUUGCAUAGGAGGAAUCUCAAUAGCACACACAGAAGCUCUCCUCUUUCAGAAGACAUAAGUCCAAUAGGUGGUGGAGAGCAGAACCUACAUCAUCAAGCUCUGGAUUCCCAUUAUGCAUUCGACUAUAUCACCCCUUCAAAGACCACAGCUUUAGAUGAAGGCAGCUUUUCAGUGGACCCUUCACCCACUGAAGAUGCUGUUCUUGACACAGUAAAGUCGACGUCGUCAGCUUCGUCACGCACAUCGUCCCAUGAGAACCAAGAGAAGCCAUCGAUGAAUUCUGCGCUGUACUCUGCACCCCAAGGCCCCGCCGAGGACGUACAAUUCCAUUUCCCAUUGGAUCUCGAUCAGUGUCCCUUGAGUAUGCAGUUUCCCGGGAUUUUCGACGGAGCACAUACGGGGGCUCGGAACAGCGCCAACUUCGAUUGCCCCAAUCGGGUUACAUCGCAGUUAUCAGACAUUUUGCAGAGGCAGAUGGACGCCGCGACGCUGGGUGAAAAAAACCUGCGAGAGAACCAGCAAUAUCUGAAUUUUUACAACAACACUUUCAAAUCUCAUCUUUGA